AAGGGCAACGCCAAGGAGAAGGGGCAUGGAACAGCUUCCCGCCGAGGAGAGAUUGAAAUGACCCUGGGAUGUUCAGCUUGGAAAAGAGACGACUGGAGGUACCGGGAGAGCAUCUGGCCUGUCAGCGAAAAGCCGAGGAGGAGCGGCAAAGUGCAGAGCUCCUGAAACAGACUGAAGCCGAAAGGCAGAAGAUCGUUGCGGAGUGGAAGGAGCUGCGAGGGUUCCUGGAGGAGCAGGAGCAGCUCCUGCUGUCCCAGCUGGAGGAGCUAGCCAGAGCCAUUGUCAGGAGAAGGGACCAGGGCGUCUCCAGACCGUCCGGGGAGAUUUCCCUGCUCGGAGAGGAGGGGCAGCAGCAGCCGAGGAGCCGAUCCCCGCAGGGUGCUGGACGCACUGAGAGCCGCAGGGAGGAUGGGCCGUUUCAGAAGCCAGAGCCGGGGUUUGCGGAGCUGGAGAAGAGACUCAGCGAUUUCUCUCUGAAAAGUGCCAUCCUGCAGGAGGUGCUGCUGGGAUUCAAAGAGACUCUGCGGCUGGAGCUGGAGAACCACACAGCAGGUGAUGUGGCAGUGAGUGAGAACGAGGAGCAGAAUCCGCAGCAGGGAGAUACUCAGCACAUGGAACCAUCCGGGGUGUUAUCAGAAAGAUCUGAAAAGACUAUUCACUGGAGUCGUGAGCAGAGAAAAGGUCAUGAGAGUCAGCACUGGCCAGAGAAGCAGCAGGGAAAACAGCCAGGGGAUUGUCGGGGAAGUGGCAAGGGUCUCCAGGAAACCACAGCCCAGCAGAGAAUCCCCCCAGGAGAGAGAAAAAACACCUGCAGUGAGUGUGGGAAAACCUUCAGUAGCUGCUCAGCUCUUAUUACACAUCAGAGAAUCCACAUGGGCAAGACACCCUAUAGAUGCUGCGAGUGCGGGAAAAGCUUCAAUCGGAACUCGCACCUUAGUAGACAUCGGAGACUCCACACAGGACAGAGACCUUUUAAAUGCUCGGAGUGCGGGAAAAGUUUCAGUGUGAGCUCAAACCUCAUUGCACAUCAGACAAUCCACACAGGAAACAGGCCCUUUACGUGCUCUGAGUGCGGGAAAAGCUUCAAUCGGAACUCAAACCUCAUUACACAUUUUAGAAUCCACACAGGAAGCAGACCAUUCACAUGUGCUGACUGUGGGAAAAGCUUCACUGACAGCUCCAACCUUACUCAGCAUCAGAGAACCCACGUGGGGGAGAGACCCUAUAGAUGCUCAGAGUGCGGGAAAAGCUUCACUCGGAGCUCAGACCUUAUUAGACAUGAGACAAUCCACACGGGAGACAGACCCUUUAAAUGCUCCAAGUGCGGGAAAAGUUUCAAUCAGAACUCACACCUUAUUACCCAUCAGAGAAUCCACAAAGGAGAGUAACCCCAUAAAUAGCUUGGCUAGGGCUGGCCGAAGUUUGGGGUUUUUUUAUAAAACAUUUGCUAUUUCCCACAUAGUGACCUUUAAAGCUGUUUGCACCAUUUGCUUCACUCUGGUCCCCCAGCUCCCCCAGGUGAGUUGCCUGCUUUUGCCACUCACCCGUCUUUGGGGUGAAGCCCAUCGUCCGUUCUAUCAAUUCCUUGCUAUCCUGUAAGUCAUGGGAACGUGUGCCCCUCCUGACAGGAAUGGCCGUCAGUCCCAGAUAGGGAGAUAGGGGUGACCUCAGCUAGCUACAUUGAGAUAAAGUCUAUUUGGACCUUGUCUCCACUAGGGUUUUCCAUGGAGUUAGCAAGCUUGAGUUACCUAUCUUGAUUUAAAUGCUAAGCUAUUUUUGCAGUAAAGACAUAGCCUUGGGAAAGUGGUUGGGGUUAGCUAGCACAUUUCUCCUUAAGCUGACCUAACCUGCAUCACCCUUCCUAGUUCAGACAACCCUAAGGAUCGCAUUUACAUUUACUCCUGCGGGAAUUCUGCGCCGAAAAAAUAAAAAUUCCGCGCACAAUAUUUUAAAAUUCUGCCAAUGUUAUUUGUCAAAAUAACACUACAUGAUCAUGCCCGCUUCAAGUAUUUUGGUAAUUUAUUUCAAAAUACCUGUCCGCAAGUAUGACUGUAACAAUACCAACACACACAAAAUUUCCCCCAUGAGCAGAGAGUUAAAGAAACCCCUUUGACAGCCCAGUUCCUGUUUCUCUGCCCCCCCCCCCGCCCAGAUCCCAGCCGGGUGCCCAGACACCAGCUCCCCUCCCCCACUCAAGCCCAGCUGUGACCCACCCCCAGGCCAGACAUCAGCUUUCCUUCCCUCCCAAGACCAGCUGUGCCCCCCUAGGCCGGACAGCAACCCCCCUCCUGUGCAGAGCCCAGCCGUGGCCCCCCAGCCCAGGCACCCAUCCCUCUACCACCCAGAGCCCAGCAGUGGCCCUCCCAGCCUGGACACCAGCCUCCUACUGGACAGGGAUCCAGAGGGAGAAACAGCCUGUUGCUGGGUCCCCGGCUUGUGCAGAGUUUCCUGCAUGCUGCCCUCUCCUUCCCUUGGGGCAUGCGGGGAACUGCAAUUGCCAGGAACUCUCUACUCUCUCCCCCGAACCUCCUCACCGCUGCAGUGUCUUCUGUGUGCAAGCAGGGCUCACCUGGGUCCAGCGGCCCCUGCUGGCGGCCACCAGCAUUGCAGUCCAUUUCUGUGAGGGAAAAGAAAUUAUGCGAAAAAACUAUUAAUUUCUGCAAAAUUCUGCAUUGCGCAGUGGCACAGAAUUCCCCCAGGAGUAUUAUUGUUCCCCCACUAGCAGAGUGAUUGUCAGAAUAACUGAGUUCACCCUUUGUGGACAGAUUAUCUCACUCCUUGUUAUUCUCACUUUCUCCAGGUAGUGCUCAAAAGUUAGUUAUUUUUGUACCUUGGGGUGAAUUGGAGGGAUUCUUUCCUGCCCCAUCACCACUAGGGCUUUAGAAUUUAUUCUAUCCCUCCGUCUCUCAAAGUGUCAUGUGACACACUGUUCUCAGCUCUCUGUAUUUCAAAAUCAGAGACUUGUUAGCACUGGAAAGUGUCACAGACCUAGAGGAGAAAUUUGAAUGGAUCCCAAAGCCAGUGUGAUCAUUCUGAUCUUAAAUCCCAGUUUCCAUUGAUUGAAAAAGUGACUUUGGGGCUUUUUCCUGCAAGCAGAUGGAAAGGCUGCUGUUUUCCCCCAUUUCAAUGAUGCUAAAACUUUUGAAAAAUAAUAAUGAGGUGGUGUUGAGUGAAGCACGUUUGAAUGGAUCAUAGGAGAAUGCAGUGGGAGAAUUUGUCCUCCUGGCUUUUGAAUCAUUAGAUAUAACCUCCUCUGGAAUUUCAUAGUGUAUUACAUGGUAAUUGUCAAAUUUCUCUGCAUUAUGGAUUUUUCUCUCUUUCCUGAAUGCCGUUUGGUCACAUAACUGGAUAUUUUGUUGGAUAGAAUGUGGAUCAGAUUCAUUAGGGACUUGGAAACAGAUUACCAUUUGCUAAAAUAGUCUUGUGAUUUUUUCGCAUCCCUCCAUGGUAACAUAGAGGAAGUCAGUCACCGGGAGAGAAUACUCCAGUUUAUUGGGCAUGCUACCAAGGAACUAGUCAGGUAUUUUAAAUCUCCAUACUGAAAUGGUGGGCAACAGUACCCCACAAAUGGUGCAGCUAGCUGAAGUAAUUGGAUAUGGUCACACUGCUGUUCAGUUGGUUGGGUCAAUAUCGUGUCAGAUUGGAGAGAAUUUCACAGGAAGUGACUUGGAACUAGGCAAAAUAUUUGGUUCCCAGAACAGUUGUGGCCCAAGCAGGUCCAGAUUAAAGAAUUUUGGGGGCCCCUCCCCACCUUCCUUAAACUAGACAGAGCAUGUGAUACACCAUAUGUAAAUAUGAGAAUGUCUUCAUUUAUGAUGAUGAUUGUUAGUUAGAGCUUUCUCAGCAGAAAAUACAGCUGCACCACUGAAAGUGAAAUGAUUGUGUCUUAUGCUAACUUAUACAGUAGCAUCGUGUAUUUUGAGUAUUAGAAAGAACACAAACAGAAUUGAAUACAAGAAUAAAAAUUAGCUCCACUGAGUGUAAAAAAGCAUUAUACCGUGUGCUGUGCUGCCUGUUUCAUGUACUGGAAGAAAACAUGUAUGUUUAAUAUAUUUUAUCGUGUUUUUUGUUUGUUUAGGGUUUUUUGUUAACCAUAAUUCUCCGUU